GCAAGUAUCUACACAUUCAAGAGAAACAGAGACCGAGAGCUUAAGUCCAACCUCCUCCUACAGACGGCUGGAGAGAAGCUCACACUGACUCAACUCAAGCCACAGUGUAAUCUCCACUCGGUUUGACUAUGCCAUCAAAGACACUCACAACCACAGCAAACGAGAGCAUCACUGUACAAACCAAUGACCAGAAAGUGGAUGUGAGACACAACCAUCAUGUUAAAGAUCUUGAGCUGGCAUUUGAAGGGUGGAAGAAACCCAGAGCUCAGACAACAUUACCCAGAAGCCUCAGAUUUGCACAUCACAAUCAGAAGGUGCUGGGUGUUUUCACCACAGAGGCCAUUCCUGCAGGUACCCGCUUCGGCCCACUGCUCGGAGAACAUCUUCACCCUGAAGAUCUGCCUGCAAACAUACACAGGAAACACAUCUGGAUGAUCUUCUCAGAGGGGCGACUGCAUCACUUCCUGUCUUGUAGAGAUGAGAGUGGCAGCAACUGGAUGCGCUUUGUAAACUAUGCCCCGUCUCCUUGGCAACAGAAUCUUGCCACAUUCCAAAUUGGAAUGCAGAUUUACUUCUACACCAUGAAGGUUCUGAUGCCAGGGGAGGAGCUGCUGGUGGGGCGGAGCCUAGAAUACGAGCAGCUAAUGACCAGCAGCCUCAGAACUGCCUGUCUAAAACAGCCACCUCCCACACACUCAGCUUCUUCUCAGGGUAAAGAUCAAGUGAGGAAGAGAAAACGAGGUCACACGGUCACUGAGAUCCUGGAUCUGGAUCCCUGGGUUGAUCAUCACACUGAAACUCCUCCAAACAAAUCAUUUAGCGCCAUCACACACACAAAAUAUGGGGAAAAACUGACCAGAGAACCACAGAAUCCAAAACUGCCCUCAUUUUCAAUGGCUAAUAGCAUCUCUGACAUCCCUUUAAACUUGAAAAUGGCAUCUAGUGUCAGAGAACAUUUCUACACCUCUGCUAUCCCACAGUCCUCUAUGCCAAUGUACAUGUGGCCUGUUAUUCAAUACGUGCCGUCACAUCAGCCAAUGGGAUUUGGCCGAACAGCACCACGCAUGUCCCAUAAUAUUCCUCCAAUCCACAUGUAUCCAUCUCUCUUGCAUCCAGCAUCCAAUGAGAAUCAUCUUUCAUUAGCGUUGACCAAUAGAAGCGACCCCGAAGUUAAAGUGACAGACUCUGCAAAGAUAGAGACAAAACCUAAGGACUCCACAAACCAACCGCCAGCCCUCAGUAAAGCAACCGAUCCAUCUCCGGCUGAAGUGUCCAGAGCUGAUGACAUCACAGUUCAAAGAGGCUCACCUGAGAUGGGCGUGGCUUCCUCAGGAGUCUCCGCCUCCGCCUGCUGUAGCACAGAUUCUCAGGGCGGCCAAAAGCGACAGAUUGUAGGUUACAAGGCUUUGCCGUAUCCAUUACAGAGACAAAAUGGAAAGAUCCAGUAUAAAUGUAACGUGUGUGGCAAGAACUUCAGUCAGCUGUCCAAUCUAAAGGUGCACCUGAGGGUUCACAGCGGUGAGAAACCAUACAAGUGCAACAUCUGCAGGAGAAACUUUUCCCAGCUGGCUCACCUUCAAAAACACAUCCAGGUGCACACAGGAGAGAAACCACAUGAGUGCCAUGUGUGUAACAGGCGCUUCAGCAGCUGCAGCAACCUGAAGACUCACCUGCGGUUGCACUCAGGCGAGCGGCCGUACGUCUGUAAGCAGUGCCCUGCCAGCUUCACCCAGCACAUCCACCUGCGGCUGCACAGACGCCUGCACUCCGCCCCGCGCUCACACCGCUGCCCGCACUGCUCUCGCAGGUACACGCACCUGUGCAGCCUACAGAUCCACCUGCGCCAGUUCUGCCCCGCCUCCAACCUCACAGGCUCCGCCUCUCAGCUGUGCCGAGCCAAUGACGAGAUCGAGAGGUUUGAUCUGAGUGAAGGCGCAGCCAGGCUUGAGGUUGGCAUGGAGGCGGAGUCUAUAAAAAAGAUGUGUCAGGUGAUCUGGGCACUUGCAGUUACACCUGUGGUCCAGCAGGGAGCAGCACGGGUCCAAACAAUGACACAUGAACCAUCCAGCACUAGAAAGGUUUCCACUAGACAGGAGGUUGAUCAGUAAAUUUGAUAUUAAUACUUUUAUUCAGCAAGGAUGCAUUACACUGAUCAGAAAAUUACAGCAAAGAUAUUUAUAAUGUAACAAUAACAAUUCUAUUUCAAAUAAAUUUUUGAAUCAUUAAAGAACGCUGGAAAACAAUUUCAACGUUGAUAUUAGUCAUAAUGUUUCUUAAGCAGCACAUUAGCAUAUUAGAAUGUGAUUCUGAAGACUGGAGUAAUGAUGCUGAAAAUUCAGCUUUGCAUCAUGGGAAUAAAAUACAUUUUAAAAUAUAUUCAAAUAGAAAACAGUUAUUUUAAAUCAUAAUAUUAUGUCACAAUAUUGAUGUUUUUAUUGUAUUUCUGAUUAAAUAAAUGCAGCCUCGGUGAGCAUAAAGACCUAAAAAUAUUUAUUUGCACAGUACUAAAUAUUGCAAUCUCUGGAUUUAUGUGUUGUUAGUAAACUACUGGCAAAAGACAUGUUAUAUAGCUGUAAUAGGAGGUCGGGGCUAGGUGUCACAAUGGGUUUUAUUUUUGCUUUUCCACUAUCAUCGUAUUUGUGUAAUAUAAUUUUUGUAUAAUAACAAGUGCGCACAGUAAAUCCAAGCAAACAUGCAUUCAGAAAAAAAAUCUAUUAAAUGAAGUUAGAUUUAAACUGAAACUGUAGUCUCAGGGCAAGAAUGUUUUCAUGUAAAAUGUAAUAGUUAUAUUGUACAUAAUUUAUUAAUGCAAUUUUUUGCCUAAAAGAGUGGUGUAAUGCUUUUGUAUGAUCCUUUUUCCAUUUGUGGUAUUUCACGUUUUUUUUUUUAUAUAUAUUUUUACUGUGUUUCAGAAUAUUUUGCUAUUUAAACAACCAUUAAAAACAAACUAUAACACAUUUAAAUACACAUGUGGUGUUUUUUAACAUUAGCAUGUGUGUGUG